UAGCAAGAAUGAGCGGUUCUGGGGCGCCCGGCGGGUUGCCGCUGGAUGCGACCAUCACCAUUGUCAACAACUCGGGCAAGAUCAUCAGCACCGGAAAGCAGCUCCUGUCCAUAUGGAAGACGGCCCAGGCCUCGUACCGCGAGAAGAAGACGGAGCUCAACCAGGAGCGGGCCCAGGAGCGCGCCGCCGCCGCCGACAAGAGGCCGCCGCCCGUGCCCGUCAAGCGCGCCCAGACGUUCGACACGAGCCGGACCAUCCCCCGCCGCCAGUACGACGAGCUCAGCCUCGCGCUGACCGAGGGCAACCUGGAGAAGCUGUCCGAGGUGUCGAGCGUGGCGCCGUCGAAGCCGCCCUCGGCGUACAAGGGCUCGUAUGCCGCGGACGCCCCGGAAGGGCUGGACUUCCCAGAGGGCCAUGUCGAGGACGAGAGGGAGCAGGCGGAGCAGCUGAUCCACAAGAUUGAGAAUCUGCUGGACGAGGCGCACUGCGCGCAGCAUUCGGCGACGGCCAUCAUCACGCACCUCCAGGAGCGGCCCGACGCGGCCGCCGCGGUGGCGCUGACCCUGGCGGAGCUGUCGGGCAUCAUCACGAAGCUGUCGCCCGGGUUCGCGGCCAUCCUCAAGGGCACGUCGCCGGCCAUCUUCGCGCUGCUGGCGUCGUCGCAGUUUUUGAUCGGGACGGGCAUCGCCGUGGGCGUCACGGUCGUCAUGUUUGGCGGGUGGAAGAUUGUGCAGCGGACGUUUGCCAAGAAGGCCGUCGCGUACGAGGGCGCAGCAGCUGCGCCGGCGGCGGCGGUGCCGCGGCUGGAGGAGCCCGUGGACGAGGCGAUUGUGCUGGAGACGGUCGAGGUGGACAUUAGCGGCAUCGACACCUGGCGGAGGGGCAUCGUGGACUGGGGGUACGAGAGCGCGGACCAGGAGCUCAUGACGCCCGAGGCGGACCGGGUGGUGCGGGAGCGGAGGGCCAGCAAGGGCGGGCCGGAGGACUAUUUCGAUUCCAAGUCGCGGAGGAGCUCCAAGCCGCAUCGGUCGAGCAGCAAGGCGCACUCUUCGUCGCAUUCGUCGUCGUCUCACAAGUCGCACAAGUCGAGGCAUGAGAGGGAGUCUUCUUCGUCUGAUAAGAAGAGCAGCAGCAGCAGCAGUAGCAGCAGCAGUGGAAGCAAGAAGGAUAAGGAUGACUCGAGCAGCGUCAACUCGAUGAGUCUGAUCAAGAAGUCGAUUGCCAGCAGGAAGAAGGCGCUUGACGAGAGCGGCGUCAAGAGCGAGGAGUUGCCGCUGCGGGCCAAGAUGAGGCAGACGAAUAUGCUCAAGGCUUUGUUCAAGAGCAAGGAGCACAGGCAGACGCUGAUCACUUAGGGGG